AUUUUGAGGUUAUUGUGUGUGUGCGCGAAUAAUUGCAACAAUUUUUGUAAACGAAUUUAUUUAAUAAAACAUUUAAAUACUAAUAAAUAAAAUAUUCUAUAAUAAAAUGGCUGCCAAUUUCAGUUUUACCAAAUUAGCCAAUGAAUUAUCUGAAGAAGGCAUUACAUUUGCCGACAAACAACUCAAAUGGAAUACAGCAGCCGAUGUUGAGGAUGUAGUUAGAGCCUUGGAUACACAAAAGGUAGUACACUAUCUGAAAUUGGAUGGCAAUACUUUGGGCGUUGAUGCGGCUGCCGCCAUUGGCAAGGCCUUGGAAAAGCAUCCAGAAUUUCGUAAAGCUUUAUGGAAAAACAUGUUUACCAGCCGUUUAAAAGCAGAAAUUCCUGAGGCUUUAAAACUGCUAGGCAAUGGCAUGGCUAUAGCGGGAGCUAAAUUAACAGUGCUCGAUUUGAGUGACAAUGCCAUUGGGCCGCAUGGCAUGGUGGGCUUAGAAGAUAUGUUGCGUUCUCCUGUGUGUUAUAGUCUACAAGAAUUGCACAUGAACAAUUGCGGUUUGGGUAUCUAUGGUGGCCGCAUGUUGUCUGAGGCCAUUAUUGAUUGUCAUCGCAAUAGUACGGCAGCGGGCACGCCACUUAAAUUGAAAGUUUUCAUAGGCGGUCGUAAUCGUUUGGAAAAUGAGGGUGCCAAGGCCAUAGCUAAAAUAUUUUCCACCCUCAAGACUUUGGAAGAGAUUGUAAUGCCACAAAAUUCUAUAUAUCACGAGGGCAUUGCUGCCCUGGCUGAGGGUUUUAAACAUAAUACAAAUUUGAAAGUGUUGAAUUUAAAUGAUAAUACGGUGACAAGCAAGGGAGCGGCUCAUAUAUCGGAUGCUUUAGCUCAUAUGCCACACUUGCGUGAAAUAAAUUUCGGUGAUUGCUUGCUUAAAACCAAUGGAGCCUAUCAUUUUGCCGAAGCUUUAGAGGAAAAUCAUCGUGAACUGGAAAUUCUGGAUUUGGGUUUCAAUGAAAUUGGACCCGAUGGUGGUUUAGUUUUAGUGACCGCUCUACAAAAUAAACCCAAUUUGAAGAAAGUCAACCUAGAUGGUAAUCAAUUUGGUUUUGAUGGACGUGAACGUAUAAAAGAGGGCAUGCAAUGUACUGCUAAUCCCAAUGCUUUAGAAGAAAUGGAAGAGGAUCAAUCGGAGGGCGAGGAGGAUGAAGACGAUGAGGAUGAUGUUGAUGAAGACGAGGAUGAUGAUGAUACUGUGGAUGAGGAAGUCGAUGAAGAAGAGGAAAUCUAUGAUGAUCAUCAUAAUGACACCACAGAGGAGGUAGAUGAGGAGGAUUAUGGUGAAAAUGCCGCAGAAGAAACUGCCUAUACCACUACCCAGGCAUUUACCACCAAGAUGCUUAAUGCCAAUGAAUCGUUUAUGUCCAAUAAAAGUGUUACAUUUGAUACAACAGCCACUAAUUUAGGAACAUCCGCGGAAACUUUUUGUCUUAGUCAAAAACCUUGUACUUUACAAAUGUUUGAUUCUUUGACAGAAACCGAUAAAUUGCAAGCCUUUAAAAGUAUCAUGGAGCAAUUCUCCGAUGACAACUACCUGUUGCUACUCAUCUUUACCGCCCUCAAAUGUGGCCAUUUGUCUCAAUCUUCCAACACCGCUUUAGAUUUGGCCAUGUCUCUGUUCAAAGAAUGCAUUGAUUAUGCCGUUGAAACCAAACAAGAGCGCCGCAUCUUAAACUAUCUGCUCAUACAAUUGGGUCUUAUGCGCAGUGAAUUGAAGUUUAAUUCAGCUUACAACUUGAAAUCCUGCCAGUAUGCUUUAAGGGAAACCUUAAAUCAAAAACCUUUAGCCAGUAAACUUAUGAAAAAUACUUUACAAGUUUUCCUCGAUCAAGUGGAAGCUUAACCAUCAAGCAUUAUUGUUGAUGACAUUCCUCAUACAUUUUGGUGAUGUGUGUGUUUUGUUUAUUUCUUUUUUUUUACAAAUUUCCUUUUCUUUUCUACAAAAAAAAAUCACUGUUUGUUAAACUCCCACUUAUUUAUUUUUCUUACUAAUUUGUAAUUUUCUGCUAAACAUUUGAAUAAUAAAGAAUAAUUUAUUAUAGUAAUAAAUUGGUAAAUAAA